AGCUUUCUCUGUUUGUCAUCACUAGCUCUCCUUUUCCUUCAUUCCCCUAUAAUUUUUUUUUUCCUUUUUCAUUUUAUAUUAAUCUUCUCUCGAUCUUCCGUGUUGGAUUUGUCGUCUAAAGUUUCCGACUUUCCGACGAGGAAGAGAGGACAAAGAGGAGUGAAGAAGAAGAAGAAGAUCAAAGCAACAAAGCGAAUUGCUCUCUCUCCUCUCUCUCGAUUCCCCGAUGGGUUGUUUCGGAAGCAGUAAGAAAUCGAGCAAACGAUCGGAGAAGAAUCGCAAGGAUACUGUGAAAAUCAGGAAGACCCUCGGUGGUACAAGCGAUAAGAGAGACGAUCAGACUCAGCCCUGUUCAGAUUCCACAAAAGUCAGUCCAUAUCGAGAUGUAAACAAGGAAGGUGUUGUUGUUAAGGAGGAGGAUCAGUUAGCUCUCGACGUGAAGGGUUUGAAUUUAGACGAUCAACCCACAGGGAAGAAAGCGCAGACCUUUACAUUCGAAGAGCUUAAGGUCGCUACAGGGAACUUUAGGUCUGAUUGUUUUCUUGGUGAAGGAGGUUUCGGUAAAGUUUUCAAGGGAACUUUAGAGAAACUUGAUCAGGUUGUUGCAAUCAAGCAACUUGACCGUAACGGUGCUCAAGGAAUCAGGGAGUUCGCGGUUGAGGUGUUGACGCUAAGUCUCGCUGACCAUCCUAAUCUCGUGAAGCUUAUUGGGUUUUGCGCUGAGGGUGAUCAGAGACUGUUGGUCUACGAGUACAUGCCGCUAGGAUCCCUCGAAGAUCAUCUACAUGAUCUCCCAUAUGGUAAAAAGCCACUAGAUUGGAACACUCGGAUGAAGAUAGCAGCUGGUGCAGCAAGGGGACUAGAGUAUCUGCACGAUAGAAUGAAACCUCCCGUGAUCUACCGUGAUCUCAAAUGCUCGAACAUCUUGCUUGGUGAAGAUUAUCAACCAAAGCUAUCAGACUUUGGGUUGGCUAAAGUUGGACCGAGCGGGGACAACACCCACGUCUCCACAAGGGUUAUGGGAACUUAUGGAUACUGUGCUCCUGACUAUGCUAUGACGGGUCAGCUCACGUUUAAAUCCGAUAUAUACAGUUUUGGAGUAGUCCUUCUGGAGCUUAUCACCGGGAGGAAAGCGAUUGAUAGUACAAAAGAGCGUAAAGAUCAAAACUUGGUCGGAUGGGCACGACCGUUGUUCAAAGACAGGAGGAACUUCCCGAAAAUGGUUGACCCAUUUCUUCAGGGACAGUACCCUGUUAGAGGACUGUACCAAGCGCUUGCAAUUGCAGCAAUGUGCGUUCAAGAGCAGCCGAACAUGAGGCCUGUUGUAUCCGAUGUAGUGUUGGCUCUCAACUUUUUAGCAGCUUCUAAAUAUGAUCCGAAUAGUCCUAGCAGCAGCAGCAGGAGGAGGAACGCUUCUUUACACAGAGAUAGAGAUGAUGAAGAGAAAAGACCAGACCUACUCAAGGAAACAGAAUCCGAAGUGUCUUCAUAGGGAAGAGAGUGGUAAAAUAAAUCAAUUCUAGUUUUUUUUUUUGGCUUGGAUAUAUAUAUGAAACCAGAUCAGUCGCAUUUUUAACAUCUAUGCGUGGAUGUACAUCUUGACUCGGACUCUGUUGUAUGUAGCAUGCUUCUUUUUCUGUAACAAACCAUUUUGUUUUGGGACAUAUAAUACAUAUAAUUAAAAAUAAACAUCUUUGUAUA